AUGGAUAUAGCUCAACCAUACCUCAGUAAAAUCACUUCAGCUUCAUUUGCUCCACUCUUAAGUUCAGACAUCCGAUCCAUCUCAGUACUUCAAAUCACAAAUCCAUCUUUACUAGACAACACUGGAGCUCCAACUCAAUCAGGACUUUAUGAUCCUAGAUUAGGUCCAUUUCAAACUCGAGACAUUUGUCGUACUUGUAGAUUAUCUAAUACUCAAUGUCCUGGUCAUUUUGGUCAUAUCGAACUUAAUGUGCCCGUCUUUCAUCCAUUGUUUAUGACUCAUGCUUUUCAUCUUUUACGUGGUACUUGUUUUCAUUGUCAUCAUUUCUUGGCUUCUGAAAUCAUCAUUGUUCGUUAUGCUGCAAAACUUAAACUUUUGAAUCAUGGACUUCUUUUAGAAUCAGAUGCAGUAGAUGAUUUUCCAACUAUUAAACUUUCAAAUGUUAAAGCAGGUAAAAGAGGAAUAGAUGAAACAGAAGAAGGAUUAUCACAAGAAGAAGAAGAAGAAGAUAAAGAAUUCGAUUUACCAUAUUAUAAAGCUACCUUGAAAAAGUUUGUAGAAGAAUGUAUUGAAAAACAAAUUAGAAAAGAAUCAAAAACAUCAAAAGAUAAUUAUAAGAUUGGAAUGUGUUUUGAUAAAAGAAAGAAAAUCAUAUCUGAAUUAAUUAAACUUUUACCCAAGAAAAGGUGUGAAAGAUGUCGAGCUUAUGCUUGUAGAAUGCGGAAAGAUGGUCAUACUAAAAUCAUGGAAUUCUCAUUGGCUUCUAAACAAGCUGAUAUUCAUAGAGCUAUGGAAUUACAUCGUCCUGACGUCUUAGCUUUAGCUAGAAGAAACUCAAAUCAGAUCUAUGAAGGUGAAGACGAAGGAGCUAUGGAUCUCGAUACCCCCAACGAUACGGCGUCAGGUACGAAGAAAAAACAAGUCGAACGAAUGAUCUUGGCAGAAGAAGCCAGAGCUCAUCUAAGGUUAUUGUUUCAAAACGAAUCUGAAAUCUGUGAUCUUCUUUACGAUACACAUGGACCAGCUAUGCAAAAGGAAAAUCAAUCCAAUAGUUCAGCAACUGCAGAUAUGUUCUUUCUUGAUGUGAUCGCUGUGCCUCCUACCAAGUUUCGUCCUGCUGCUGUGAUGGGAGGUCAAACUUUAGAAGCACCUCAAAAUUUACUUUUAGGAGCGAUUUUAAUGCAAACAGUCAAGAUACGAGAUUUGAAUGAAAAAUUAGCAGCUGUAAGUGAAAAACCACCCAACGGUGCACUUGCACAAGCUUUAUUGAUCGUUCAAAAAGAACAACAAAAAAAACUUUAUAGUCAAAUCUUAGAAGGUUGUAUCGGAAUGCAAAUCGCUGUUAAUAGUUUACUGGAUAGUAAUCGAAAUCCAACGGUGAUGGCUAAAGGAAAAUUACCUCCUCAAGGUGUUAAACAAAUCUUGGAGAAGAAAGAAGGAUUGUUUAGGAUGAAUAUGAUGGGAAAACGAGUUAACUAUGCCGCACGAUCUGUUAUUUCACCUGAUAUUAACAUUGAGACCAAUGAGAUUGGUGUUCCACCUGUGUUUGCUAAGAAACUAACGUUUCCUGAAUUCGUAACAGCCCAUAACUUUGACAAGAUGCAUAAGUUGGUUUGUAAUGGGCCACAUGUUCAUCCAGGGGCGGUAUUUGUUGAAGAUGAUGAUGGUACGAUGGUGGCAUUAGAUCGAAUGGAUGGAGAAAGUCGAAAAGCAUUAGCCAAUACUUUAUUACAAACCUCAAGUAAUGCAGAUCGAUCAAAUAAGAAUCCAAGACCUGAUAUUGGAUUACCUCCGACUCGAACUCCUAUGAUUGGUAAAAGAGUUCAUCGGCAUUUAGAUGAUGGGGAUAUUUUGAUUUUGAAUCGUCAACCUACUUUACAUAAACCUAGUAUGAUGUGUCAUCGUGCAAGAAUCUUAAAAGGUGAAAAAACUAUUCGAAUGCAUUAUGCAAAUUGUAAUUCUUAUAAUGCAGAUUUUGAUGGUGAUGAAAUGAAUAUGCAUUUUCCACAAAAUCUAAUUGCUCAAAGUGAAGCUCGAACGAUUGCAAAUAACGAUAAUCAAUAUCUUGUACCGACUUCUGGAAAUCCACUUCGUGGAUUGAUUCAAGAUCACGUAGUUUCGGGUGUUUGGAUGACCAACAAAGAUACGUUCUUUAGUCGAGAAGAUUAUUAUCAAAUUAUUUAUGGAGCUUUACGACCUGAGAAUGAGUAUACUGGAGGUGGUCAAGUCUUAACAGUAUCACCUGCUAUAUGGAAACCACGUCCACUUUGGACAGGUAAACAAAUCAUUUCAACAAUCUUAAAGAAUAUCACACCUACCAAUGCUGCUGGUCUUUAUUUAACGUCUAGUGCCAAGGUUUCAGGUAAAAAUUGGGGAAUUCAUAGUUCUGAAGAUACAGUACAGUUUGAUGCAGGUUAUAUGAUCUCAGGUGUGAUUGAUAAAUCACAAAUCGGUGCAUCUCCUUAUGGAUUAGUUCAUUCUGUUCAUGAUUUAUAUGGUGCUGAAGUGGCUGGUAGACUUUUAAGUAUCUUUAGUAGAUUGUUUACUAAAUAUUUACAACAUCGAGCUUUUACUUGUCGGAUGGAUGAUCUUUUCUUAACGGGUCAUGGUAAUGCUAUCCGAUCGAGAUUACUUAAUGAAACGUCUGUAAGAGGUAGACGAGCUACUCUUUCAAUGGUAGGUCUUUCAGAAGAAGAAGUCAGUACACCUCAAGGCAAGAAAGAUCUUCAAGCUAGAUUAGAAGAAGUGCUUCGGGAUGAUAUGAAGAUGGCAGCUUUAGAUAACUCUUAUAAUGUUGAAACUUCAGAAUUGAAAACUAAGAUCGAUAAUCAAUGUUUACCUGCUGGACUUUAUAAACCGUUUCCAUGGAAUAACAUGCAGAUGAUGACAGGUUCAGGAGCGAAAGGAACGACAGUGAAUGCAUCUCAAAUCUCAUGCUUGCUCGGUCAACAAGCUUUAGAAGGUCGUCGAGUACCUGUGAUGGUUAGUGGGAAAACGUUACCUUCGUUCAAAGCAUUCGAAACGGCACCACGUGCUGGUGGAUUUGUCGCUCAACGCUUUCUCACUGGAAUCCGACCACAAGAAUAUUAUUUCCAUUGUAUGGCUGGACGUGAAGGUUUGAUUGAUACAGCUGUGAAGACUAGUCGAUCUGGUUAUCUUCAAAGAUGUUUGAUUAAACAUUUAGAAGGCAUCCGAGUUCAUUAUGAUCAUACGGUUCGGAAUAGUGAUUCUUCGGUGAUUCAAUUCCAUUAUGGUGAUGAUUCACUUGAUGUGACUAAACAAAAACAUCUUUAUCAAUUCGAAUUUUCACUUUUGAAUCGAGCUUCACUUAUUGAAAGAUAUCAACCAACUGAAAUCUUGGGUAGAUUAGAUGGAGAAACAGCAACCAAUCAUGCAGAUAGUAUUAUAAAAGCUAAGAAAUCAGGAACAAAUCAAUCAUUACCAUUACCUACGAUGUCGAUUUAUAGUCCAACACUUUAUUUCGGUAGUACAUCUGAAAAAUUCACUGAAGCUGUUAACAAAUAUAAAGUAGAAAACCCUAAGAGAUUAUUAAGAGUGAAGAAGAAGUAUCGAGCAGAUUGGCCAGCAUAUGUGAAUUCGAAUGAAUUGAUUCCAACUGAUUUCUUUAGAUCUUUAAUGCAAAUCAGAUUUAUGAAAGGGAUUGUAGAUCCAGGUGAAGCCGUUGGUUUAUUAGCUUCACAAGGUGUUGGUGAACCAUCGACUCAAAUGACAUUAAAUACAUUUCAUUUUGCUGGACAUGGUGCUGCGAAUGUGACACUUGGGAUUCCUAGACUUCGAGAGAUUGUGAUGACAGCUUCGACUAAGAUUAAAACACCCACGAUGAAGUUUCCGAUUAAAGCUGAAGUGACGGCAGAAGAAUUUGCAAAGUUUUUGAAAAGGACUACUAGAGUGACUUUAUCACAAGUCGUUGAUGAAGUGAUCGUAAAGGAAACUUUAACUAGUAAAACUCAAAAUGGAGAACGAUUUAAAUCUUAUACUGUCAAAUUACAAUUUUAUCCAUCUGAUGAAUAUUGUGCUGAAUAUAGUAUUACAGUAGAGGCUGUCUUCAAGUCUGUUGUAAGGGCUUUUAUUCCUUUGUUAGAACGUCGAAUCAAGGCUGAAUUCAAGACACGAGCUUUGGAUAUCAAGAAUCAAUUUGCAACGAUUGGAAAAGGAAAGAGUAUUGCUGCUCGAACUGGUACGACGGGUGAAGAUGGAGAUGGAGAAGAUGUGAAUGAAGAUGUUCCGGUUAGAAGAGUAGAUGAAGCAGAUAUCGAAGAUGGAGAUGCAGAUGAUCAAAGACGAGCUAGACAAAAACAUGAAGUAGAUUAUGAUCAAGAUUCAUCAGAUGGUAGUGAGAAUGGAGUAGGAGGAUUGAAUGAUAAAAGAUUAAGAGAGAUUACAGAUUUAGAAGAUGGAGAAAGUGAUGAUGAAACUGAUAGUAUGGCAGAUUCAGAUGAAGAAAAAGAACAAGAAAUCAAAGAGAGAAGAGCUAAUGUGUUUUUGAAAUUAAAAGAAGAAGUUGAAAGUGAUUCGUCUUAUGUUACUACGAUUGAAUUUGAUGAAGAGAAGGGUAAUAGUUGUGAAUUUACUAUGAAUUUUUCAUCAACUUCACAUAAAUUACUUUUAAUAGGUAUCAUAGAGAAAUGUUGUCAAUCAGCAGUAAUUCAAGAAAUACCCGGAAUCGGUAGAGCGUUAUCGGCUCAAUCAGAUAAACCACAUCAAGAUAAAAGUCAAUAUUGUGUCACCGAAGGAGCCAAUCUAAAAGCAGCUUGGAGUUUUGGUUAUGAAAUCAUUGAGAUGAAUCAACUAUAUUCUAAUGAUAUUUCAGCGAUCUUGAGGACUUAUGGGGUUGAAGCUGCUAGAGCUGCUAUUAUUAGAGAAAUGAGUGGUGUUUUUGGAGUUUAUGGAAUCGGGGUUGAUUAUAGACAUUUAACUGUGAUUGCAGAUUAUAUGACAUCAGAAGGAGGUUAUAAAGCAUUUAAUCGACCAGGUUUAGCAAAUCAUGUGUCACCUUUCCUUAAAGCUUCAUAUGAAACCACUACUACUUUCUUAACAGAUGCUACAAUCUUUGGUGAUUUUGAUGAUUUAAUGUCACCUUCUGCUAGUAUUGUCAUGGGUCAGGCUCCUCGUUGUGGUACUAAUAGUUUUGAUCUUUUAGUGGAAACUAAAACUUAGGGGUUUGAAUUGAUUGAUUUAAUUGAUUAUUUUUUCAUUUUGACGAUUUUUUUUUUGGAAAUGUUUUCUUCUCUUUUGUUUUUGUUUUGUUUUGUUGGUUUAAGGGAUUGAAAAGGGUGAAAAGU